UUGGCAUCGAUAUUUCCUCACCUCUAAAAGCCGCAAGAAAAUAAAUAUUUAUUAGUAAUUUACUAAAAUAAUAAUUAUAAAAUGCCGGAACCAGUUGAAAACGCAGAGGUAAAGUCGCCGUCUUACGACUUGUCCAAAUUCCGGCUGAAGCGGAUUUUAACCAACAACAGUGUGAGGAAGAGCAUUUCCCUCCUCGGAACUUUUCCCGACAUUUCGGAAACUGACGAUGCAAUUGUAGUGUUUGAGAAAAAUGCUUACCGCGAAAGCGAUGUGGCCACGCCAGAGUCGCCAUCUGAGGAGUCUCCAAAGAAACCAAGUUAUUUUAACGCCAACUUGAAGGUGUCCACUGAGUUUGUCAAUAAUAUUUACGGCAGUUUUCAGGUUGUGCCCAGCCGAGAUUUGUGCGGCGUCAAAAGCACAGUUAUAUAUCCCGCCACCGAUAAGCACAUCGAGAAAUAUUCCGUUUGCCAAAAAUAUCUCAUUCGGGAGACGCCGGAUCUCUAUCAAAAGAUAACGCUCCCAUAUUUGACCUCAAGCCAGUUCUCCCUAGAGUGGGUCUAUAACAUACUCGAGCACAAACAGGAGAAGGAGCGGAUCGUGUUUGAGGACGCGGAUCCGGAAACUGGCUUCAUUCUCCUUCCCGAUCUCAAAUGGGACGGACGCAAUGUGGAAAACCUAUACCUGCUGGGCAUUAUCCACAAGCAUGAUAUCAAAUCGCUGCGGGAUCUGAACGGAAGCCACCUCGAUCUGCUGCGUAAUCUGCGCCAGGCGUCGAAGGACGCAAUCUCCAAGCGCUACGGCCUUAAUCCCAACCAGCUGCGCAUGUACUUCCACUACCAGCCGUCCUUCUACCACCUGCAUGUGCACAUCAAUCCGGUUCGGAACGAUGCCCCUGGCAUCUGGUGUGAGAAGUCGCACAUGCUGGACACUGUGAUCAACAACUUGGAGUUACUGCCGGACUAUUAUCAGCGAGCUACCUUGCCUUUUGUCCUGUACGAAGGCAAUAAGCUGUUGGAUCUCUACGAGCAGGAGCAACCUAUUCGAAAGGUAGCCGUAUUGAGUGAUGACAAGGAGCAGGCUGAGCAGGAACGUACAGACCCCGCAGCAACCGAAGGCUUCAGCGAUGUGGAGCCGGAGGAAAGACAGUGCAAGCGCAUUAAGCUGGCCACUCCGGAGCCCAAAGAGGCCGAAGCUACUGUCCAGUCGUGUGCCUAAGUUAAAUUUUCAUAAGCUUAAAGUCGAUGAAGGAGGAGGUAUUAAUUAAUAAUGAAGUUGAAAAUAGAUUUUACCUAUCAGUAGCAACCUACAUACUCGUAUAUGUGCGUAUUAAUGCAAAUCAAAAUAAAGUAACUUGUCUUGGAA